AUGUCGUCGGAUCUCGUUAUUAUUCUGAUCACCACCGUCACUGCGUUUUUGUCUUGUUCGACUAAUGCCUUGUUACAUUCUGGGAGUGCCUCUCAUGGCGUUUCCCCAAGAGACUAUUACUUGACUACCGAUGAGCAUUGGUUUAAUCAAACCCUAGAUCAUUACUCUCCUCACGAUCAUCGCAAAUUCAGACAGAGAUACUAUGAAUAUCUUGACAACUUCCGAGCCCCAGAUGGUCCUGUCUUUAUGAUAAUAUGCGGUGAAGGUCCUUGCAGUGGCAUAGCUAAAGAUUAUAUGAGUGUAUUAGCAAAGAAGUUUGAAGCAGGUGUGGUUUCAUUAGAACAUAGGUACUAUGGGAAAAGCAAUCCUUUUAAUUCAUUAGCUACGGAGAAUCUGAGAUACCUUUCAUCCAAACAAGCCCUUUUUGAUUUGGCUACUUUCCGUCAACAUUACCAGGCAAGCCUUGGUUUCAUUUCAUUCCAUUCACGGAAUCAUAUCAUUAUGUUAGAGAAUUAUCAUUUAUGGAUUUUGUUAAUGCAGGAAGGUUUGAAUGUUAAGUUGAAUAGAAGUAGUGGUAGUAGCGACAACCCGUGGUUCUUCUUCGGGAUUUCUUAUCCUGGAGCUUUAAGUGCUUGGUUCCGGCUCAAGUUCCCUCACUUGACCUGUGGAAGCCUUGCUAGUUCUGCAGUUGUUCAUGCUGUCUAUGACUUCUCUGCAUUUGAUCAGCAGCAGAUUGGUGAAUCAGCUGGUCAAGAAUGCAAAGAUGCACUACAAGAGACUAAUAAACUCCUGGAACUAGGGCUUCAAGUAAACAGAAAGGAGGUGAAAGCCCUCUUUAACGCCACCGAGCUUCACGUUGAUGCUGAUUUCUUAUACUUAACCGCUGAUGCAGCGGUUAUGGCGUUCCAGUACGGAAAUUCAAAUAAACUAUGUGUCCCGCUUGUUAAAGCAAAGAAGAACGGUUAUGAUUUAGUGGAAACAUAUUCUAAAUAUGUUAGAGACUAUUGCAUGAAAGAUUGGGGCCUACACGUAAGACCAUAUAACCGGAAACAUCUGAGAAACACUGUUAUUACCGCCGAGAGUACAUAUCGGAUAUGGUGGUACCAAGUUUGCACAGAACUAGCAUAUUUCCAGGUGGCACCUGCAAAUAAUAGCGUUCGAUCUCAUCAAAUCAAUACAGAGUACCAUUUGGAUUUGUGCGAGAGCCUUUUUGGUGAAGGUACAUAUCCUGAAGUUGAUGCAACAAACCUCUACUAUGGAGGCCAUAAAAUCGCGGCAACCAAAAUCAUUUUCACAAAUGGGUCACAAGAUCCAUGGCGUCAUGCUUCCAAACAGACCUCAUCUCCUGAGUUGCCUUCUUACAUCAUGGAUUGUCAUAACUGUGGCCAUGGAACUGUUCUACGAGGAUGCCCCCAAUCUCCAAUGGUCAUUGAAGGUAAAUCAAAUAACUGCAGCUCACCUGAUGUUGUAGACAAAGUGAGGCAACAGAUGGUAGAACAUAUCGAUUUGUGGUUGUCUGAAUGUCGCGGAUCUACCAGGAGUUCUAAGUAA